AUGGUUUGGACUCAAGACGACGCUGAUGUCGAGUACACUCGGGAGGUAGAAGUGGAAGAUGGAAAAGAAGAACAAAAUCAAAGUGAAGAAGAUAACAAGAUUAACAUUAAGGUGCAAGAUCUUAAUGUCGAGACUAAAAGGCAGCAAGAAUAUAACGAAAAUGAUCAAGAACGAGAGCAUAAAACUGAAGAGAGUGAGGAUGAAGUGCAGUUUAUGGGCAGUACGGACGUUGCCAAGACUUCCAAUGGACGAGAAGGAAACGAAGAGAAGCAGGAGGAAGAUGUGGUGACUCUACCAAGCUGCAAGUUCUCGAAGGAUCAAUCUAUAACGUACGAUCAAUCGAGAGCUAAGACUAAUGUGACGCCAGCGACACUUGAGGCAGAGCUUCAAUGCAUUAUAUGCCAUUGUACCAUGUUUAAGCCAGUGUCGGCAAUCUGUGGCCACUCAUUUUGUCGUGUAUGUCUUUUAGAUUCGCUUUUGACGCGAUCAAUGGAAGAAACGUCGUGUCCGAUCUGCCGGACUGACAUCAUGCAGUUUUAUUCUGUAAAAGUAUCUUUGGUGUCGGUAUUUUCAGUAAAUGUCACGCUUUGGAGUGUUAUACAAUUGUUGAUUCCAUCCAUUGCUACACGAAUUUCUUCGUACCAAAUAAAGGAAGAACAAGAGUUUAAGCGUAAACUUGACCAGUUAAGUAUAAUGUGGAAUGUAUCUCAUCUUAAGGAGCAUGCAGCGAUAUAUCAUGAGGAUAAUGAAGAAAGAGAGACGGGAUUGUCAACACGACGGGAUGAAGAACAUAGAAGACAUGACGAAUACCCAGUUUUAAGAGUUGAAGAUACUCGUGAUGGAAAUUUACAAAUUUCUCGAAAUAUUGUGCUCGACACCCACGAUGCAAAUGAAGAUGGAUACAUGAAUAUGCGUGUUGGGAUGGCACUUGUUGACUUUCCGAGUGUUUUUGAAUUAUAUAAUGAACAUCAAGAAUGUUCUGUGAAUGUAAUUAAAAUGGAAGAAGACGAAGAAGUGACAGAUGGAAUGCCAUUUUUUAUGAACGAAGAUGGAGAUGACGAUGCAUUGGUGUGUAGUUCGUAUUAUAACGAAAUUUGUCUUCGUGUGUGUGAUGACGCGGGCAUUUGCUUAAUGGAGCGAACUCGUGGCGCACACGGUGGUGUUGUGGUGUUUCCAGGCUUACGUCUUGAUGUACCUGGUGGCUUAUACACGUUUCGCUUUACAGACGAUCUGUAUGGUCUUCAACUUAGUGUUACGACGCAAUUACGUAUGCCCGAUGAGAUUUCAGAUACACCCGUUGCUGAUUUCAUUAGCCUUAUCAAUAAUGAAGCAAGAGAUGGCAGUCGUCGUCAACGAAGGCAAAAUGACGAUAGUGAUAGUGAAGAUGGAUAUGACCAAUAUGAAAACGAGUCAGAUGAUUCAUUUAUCGUUAACGACGAUGUACACAACAAAGAGUUAGAUGCUUCCUUUUCUGAUGACGACGAGGAGAAGGAUGUUAUUGAUGAUCGAAAGUGUCGACGAUCACGUCGAAAGAUUCAAACUAUUGAGGAACAUGCUGACGAAAUGUCAAGUGAGGACGAUGAAUACACAUAUCAUAAUGUAAAAGACGCAGUGAAAUGUCAGGAGAGCGAUAACGAAUCUGACGUGAGAUCAAGUCGUCGUAAUAAUCGAGUAGUGGACGACGUGGUGUUUUCUUCAGAUAGUGAAGCAGCGUGUCGCAAUGUUCUUUUGAUUGGAAACGAUGAAAAAGAUCACGAAGAGCAUGAAAAUAUUGAUAUAGCUCGACCUCGUCACCGAAAUGCGAAUCAGAUUCUUGAUAGUGAAGACGAAGAUGAAUGUGGACAUGUUAAGAAUGAGAAAAGCUUUUUUAACAAGAAGAGACUUGAUCAACGAAAGCGAAGUGAUAGUGAUGUCGAAGAAACAAACCGCAUCUUGGAACGGGAGGAUUGGUCUAAGUCGGAAGUAACGAGCUCUUAUAGUCCACGUGAGUCGUUUAAAGAAGACGAAGAAAGAUCAAGAAAACGAGCUCGGAUUAUCACUGAAAUUGAAAGUGAGGAAGAGAAAGACGAGAUUGAACGUUCAAUUGUAGCAGCGUGUUCAGAUCAUGCACACAACGAUGUUGAAUACGAAGAUGAUGAUGUGAAUAAUUCACACAUUCAAAGAAUAAAUCAGUAUGACGACGAUGAAUAUGAACAUGAUGAGGACAAUGAGGCUAUUGAAGAUCUCGACAAUGAGUGCGAUUACCCGCUUGAAAAUGAUGUUGACAUGUAA